AUGAGUGCUGUCCAAAAGAAUAUUCUCAAGUUUGCUGGCGACGACGGGUCGUACAAGCGGUUGGCGCUGAGCUUCCGUGACACCAUCGAAAAGGGCGGCCGUUUCACCCCUGAAGCGGGCCGUUACCACUUGUACGUGUCCUACGCGUGUCCUUGGGCCCACAGAACUUUAAUCACUCGGGUGCUUAAGGGUUUGACCGGGAUCAUCGGCUUGUCCGUCGUCCACUGGCACAUGGACGGUAAGGGGUGGAGAUUUGCCACUCCCGAAGAGCUUUCGGAAAACAAAGGUGAUUUCUUCGGUACUCAGGACCACUUGUACAACUUAGACCGUAUUCGGGAACUCUACUUUAAGGCUGAUCCCAACUAUGGCGGUCGUUUCACUGUCCCUGUGCUUUGGGAUAAGAAGGAAGAGACCAUCGUCAACAACGAGUCGCUGGAAAUCAUCCGUAUUUUCAAUACCGCUUUCAACGACUUGAUCGACGACAAGUACAAGAAGAUCGACUUGUACCCCACGGACUUGCAAAAGGAGAUUGACGAGCUCAACGGCUGGAUCUACGACAACAUCAACAACGGGGUGUACAAGGCCGGGUUCUCCACUUCUCAAGAGGUGUAUGACAAGGAGUGUGCCAACGUGUUUAAACACUUGGACCGGGUUGAAGCCAUCUUCAACGAGCGCCACGCCAACGGGCAAAAGUACCUCACCGGUAACACUCUCACUGAAGCCGACGUGCGGUUGUUCACCACCAUCAUCCGGUUCGACCCCGUCUACGUGCAACACUUCAAGUGCAACAUCGGGAUGAUCCGCUACCAGUACCCCCACAUCCACCAGUGGGUGCGCGAGUUGUACUGGGGCAACCCGGCGUUCAACGAGACCACCCACUUUGACCACAUCAAGUUACACUACACCAAGUCGCACCCGGCGAUCAACCCCCACGGGAUCACCCCCUUGGGUCCGGUGCCUAACAUCUUGAAGCUUGACGACGCUUAG